AUGUCAUACCGAGGCGCGGCGAAGAAUCCGCUGAUAGUGUUAUCAGACGGAGUAUGGACUGGUCGAGAAGCCAACUCAGAGUCCAACGUACAACGGCUGGCAAAUUUGGUGUGGGGAGACUCUGGGCUGCCUAAAGACGAUGACUUCGCACACCUCCACCCUACAGGAAAGGCCCAUUAUGUCAACAGCGUGCCCGUAGGUAGCACCCAUGUAAUUCACGGUCUCAACGUCCAAGACAUCGAGCAGCAAUGCAUAGAUACCUACGAGUACCUAGUUCACGGCUACACCCCACAAGAAACCGAAAUAUGGAUGUUUGGUGUUUCGAAAGGAGCCUUUAUCGUCCGCUCCGUUGCGGGCAUGAUCAAUAAUUGCGGGAUAGCGAAGCCAGUAUACGGUCUGAACGGGGAUGUUGAUGUUGACAAGACACACCAACUCUGCCAGGAGGUCUAUCGCAUCUACCGAUGUUCGUCAGAAGCCAACAUGCCAAAGUCAGAGCAAUCGCGGAUCUUUAGAAGGAAGCACAGCUGGGCGUUGAUCGGAGAUGGAGACGUCGUCGAAUCGCCGAUUCGAUUCAUGGGGCUUUUCGACUCGGUCGGGGAACGCGGCAUCCCAGAGUUCGCGGGCGCGGUCGGCGUUGACUGGCCCAAGUUGCAUGACCACCACGUAUCAAGCGUCGUCUCCGAAGUCUACCACGCCGUCUCGCUACACGACCGCCUGUACGCUUACCAGCCGUGUCUGAUUUCCCGCGACACAGAGUAUGGACCGUCGUACGGCAUUACGGAGCGUUGGUUCCCAGGCACGCACUACGAUAUCUGUCGACAAAGUUUCAAGAUUGUGAGGGGCGUGCUGCCGCAGCGACUCGAGAGUCUUCUGCCGGCGUGGGCUUGGUCUAGCAAGGCGAUCAAACCGAACGAGGUCUUGAGCGAUCUUGUCUUCAAGUGGAUGCUGGAGUGCAUCGACGCACAUGACCCCUCGGGACUUGUGAUACCGAAGAACACGCUCUACCAUGAGCUAGAUGGGCUUAAAUACAGUAUUUUGGAUGGGAAAAAUACUGGCGAUGGCGAUGUCUACAACCACAUCCUUCAAUUUGCCCCGUUCGGACGGUACUUUGACCUGGUGUUGUCCACGGCCUUCGGAAAGUGGCAAGAUAACCAGCUUUAUAAGAUGCUCUUCGCCUGCAGGCCUCGUCUAGUUCCCGAGUUCAACGCGUCAGUGUACAAUUACAGAGGUCCCGAUCCUAACUUGGAUGGGAGAAUCAUACAGAAGCUGGCCAAUCUCCCAUCAAGUUCAACGGCACCCGAGAAGCAACCUGAAACGCGAUACCCAUCGACAUCAUACGAUGGAUGGCUCUUGAGGCGAUAG